UAAAAUCGAUAGGAAAUUUCCGCGGGAUGACCAAGUUAAAUAAAAGCUUGUUAAAACGACUUGUAUUCGACACGUUCUCUCGCAAUGAGGGUGAAUAUGUUUAAAUAAAUUUUUAUCAAAGUUCAUAAAUAUGACAUGUGACCAAUUUUGUUACACAAAUACUCCCACGACCACAGGCAUAAAAUAUUGGGUAUAAUUUGCCAUUUUGUUUGCAAAUAUACGUUUUAUCGAUGCACUUGCACAACAUUCGCAUUUUCAAAAGCUCCUCAUUGAUUAUUGCGAAUGCGAAUAUUCCUAGCAACCCUGGUCCGAAGUAGCCGUGGUGUGGAAUACCUACCGUUUAGCAAAAAAAAAAGAAGGUGAGUCUAUAGAACCAGAAGAUAUUAAUAUUUAAAAAAUCAAAAAAAUUUACUUUACCAUUAAUAUCUUCUUUACUUUUUACUUCCGCCCACACAAAUACACACGCGAGUAGACGCAUUCUUAAGUAGCUGUACUAUUAUCCAUAUUUUCUUCGAUCCACCGUGUGCUUUAAUUGGUUAAAUUGAUACAAUAGUGUCUGUGAGUGGUUAAACUAUCCGAGUGUGCCGAUAUCAUAGCAACUUUAAGUCACCUGCGAACGUAGUUGCGGAUUUAAAAUCUUAAAAACUUGGUGCAUUCUAGAUUGUUUAAUUUUGCUUUGUUGUUGCAUGUCAAAAAUUUCAACAAGAAAAACUACACGUAAGUCUUCCCCUUCACCUAAGACUCCUUCAGUGCUGCAGAGAAGCCUCAGAGCGCUGAGAGUACCAAUCUACCUCUUAAUGUAUGGUUCGAAAAAUUAGAUGCUCACCUCGAAUCUCAUAAGCAAAGUAUAGUCGAACGGCUAAUAAUACGUAUGAGGCAAUCUGAAGAGCGUGUCUUGGAGAGGAUUGGUGAGAUAACAACGGAAAUUGCAAAUUUAAAAGAUCGCUUAAAGACGUUAAUGAGCGUAUGAAAAAAAACGAGAUGGAGUGUGAAAAGCUUCGCAAUGACGUACAUGCUUUGACUGAACAAAUGAGCGAGCAUGAGAAUAACCUCAUAUCUUCGGAUGUCAUCAUCAGUGGCCUGCCAACAACAAAAGAAGAGAACAUAACGAACAGCUUCUAUCAGCUUUGUCAAAUGCUUGCAGUAAAUUGCGCCCGGUACGUUCUGCCUUAUUAUAAUGGAAGCCUGGGUUAUAAUGGAAGUAACGGAACGGAGUGAACUGUCACUUAAUUAUCUAUUGUAUGUGUAAUGCAUGCAAAUAGAUAUAAUGAACGCGGCGGAACGGUAUGCAUCGCAAAGAUCUGUCGAUUUUAGAUUCUUCCGCCUUCUUACGACAAUUUGACAGUUGUUUGUUGACAAAAACGAUAGGCGCCUAAAUUAAAUUGAAUUUACGAACUUAAAAAAACUAAGAAAAAUGACCGAUUUUGAUGAGUUAUUGAUUGAUGCGGUACGUCGCCGUGAUUUUUUAUAUGACAAAGCCAUGAAAGGCUUCAGGCUGCCUAAGUUGAAGACAGCGGGAUGGCGUGAAAUAGCUAACGAAGUUGGAGGCACUGAACAGGAAUGCAUGCGUAGUUGGGCAAGCCUACGAGACAGGUUUGGAAAGGAGUUGCGGCGCUUAGAAGCACCGUCUGGCAGCGGGGCCCCCAAAAUAGAGCCGUGGCCUCUCAUAGACAGUAUGAUGUUUCUGAGAGAACACGUUAAACCUCGAAGGCAUAUAUUUUGGUUUAAAAAAGUAUUCUAAAAAUAACUAACUUUUGAAAACGUUUUCAGAACUCGGACUAGUAGUAACAUACUUGAAUUUUGCAAUGACGAUGAUGGGAAAGAUAUGUCCACAGAUACUGUGGAUACCACUCCCGCAAAACACUCUAAAAGGCAAAAUAAGGCCACUGAUGCUCAAGAGCAUUUAAAAGAAGCUGUCGGCGUAAUGAAAGAGUUAGUGGCAAGCCGCAAACCCUCAGGAGAGGCAGACGACGAUGAAGACCUGCAUCACAUCCUUAAAGCGGUGGAAGCCAAAGUGAAGCGAAUACCGAUAAAGGCCGUAAAAAAGAAGGCGGUAUAUGAUGUUCUAAAUUACUGCAAUGCCAUGGAGACUAUGUGGAGGGCAUAGCACCCAAUCCUCCUCACUUUAAUUAGGACGCAAGACUGUCGAAGUCUAUUUUCACUGGCAAUCAAAAGUGAGUGCAUGGUGUUUUUUGUUUAAUA